AUGUCUUACGAAUCAGAUGACGAAUCGAUUUCAUCUGGCCCAGUAACUACUAAUACUUUAUUGGGCUAUGUUGACGUGCCAAUCUCAGACUCCAAUCCAUUGUACCCAACCGACUCUUUCAUUGGUGGCCAGCCUCUUCCUAUGGACAAGAACUCACCUAUUCCGUUCAAAUUGGUACAUUGUAAAAACUGUAAGUCUCCAAUGAGAUUGCUCAAUCAAACAAGGGCAGAAUUGGAUGGCACAUGGUAUGAUAGGUCGAUCUAUGUUUUCAUUUGUAUUGAACAGAGAUGUCGUCGGAAGCCGGGAGCGAUUCGUGCCAUUAGGGGCAUUAAGAAAGAUCAAAAAAUUAUGAAACAAAGGCAAGAAGAGGAAAAGAGAAGAAUAGAGCAAGAAAGACUAGUAGAAGCUAGAAAACUCGCCAAGGAGGAGGAAAAUAAAAACCUUGUGAAGGAUCUCUUUGGAUCUUCCAAAGUUACAGCUAAUCCAUUUGCAAGCAAUCCAUUUGCAUCCAGUUUAGACUCGAACCCCUUUGAGACUGCCAAAGCUUCAAGCAAGGCUGAGAAGGUCCAAAAGGAGAAAACCGAAACAUCACUGGAGGAACCCAUUACAGACGACCAGCCUUUGGUUGGCGAAGUUAAAAAGGCAAAUUACAAACUGCCAGAAUUCAAAGGUUUCAUUCUAUACUUUGAGACGGAAAAAUUGGAUCCCGCAAACCAAGUUGUGGCACCGAUACCGGACAACCUGAAAAUAGAUGAAUCUGGAGCAACUAUUGAAGACACGUCCGAUACAGGCAGUGUUCAAACGGGUAACUUACCAAAGAUCAAUCCAAAUAAGGCAAAGGAACAAGAAGACUUGUCAAAAAUCUUUGACGACCAAACGUUCCAAAACUUCACCAGAAUCCUAUCAUACAAUACCACUCAGGUUGUUCGUUACGAACCAAACGGAUCGCCAAUCUUAUACUCUUCCAAAGGUGACGUUGCGAGAAUAUUUUACACUCCCGAAGGGAAAUUCAAAAGAAAGGAAGAAUGGAGCAUCCCUAACCCGGCCUACAACCCAGGUGGAACACGUCGUUUCGAGAUGCAGCUAAUGCCAAAGAUGAUCAUCGACCUAGAAGAAGACAUCACCGACGUCAACAUGAUCAUGAAAAAUGGUAUGGAAUGGGGUACAAUCAUUGUUGCGACAGACAGUGAUGAUUUUGUUCCCUUGAAUUGGUUUGACAAAAACGGUGUAGCUUAUGUAGAAGAAUGGUGUGGUGUACAAUGGGAGGACGAGGUUAAACAGUAA